AUGAAUAGAAGAGAUAAUAUUAUAGUUGAAAAUAAAAACAAUAUAUGUAAUUUUAGUCAUUUAGAAUUUAAUAAAAGGAAUAUUCUAAAAAAUAAUUCAAAAGAUAACUAUAAAUUAAUAUCUAAUAGUAAAGAAAAAAGUAAUGGUAGAAUAUUUUCUUUUAGUAAAAAUAAUAAUAAUGAUGAUAAUAAUUAUUCAAAACAAUUAAAUAAUAAAGUUAAUAAUAAUUUAAUUAUUAAUGAUGUUGUAGAUAAAUUAACUACUAAAGAUGAUUACAAUGAUAGAAUUAAAAAUAAUAUAAAUAAAAAAUUACUUAAUACUAAUUUUAACAAAAAAAAGACCUCUCUAAUUUCUCCUAAUAAUAAAAAAUAUAAUAUUCAGAUAGAUAAAAAAAUAUUUAACACAAAAAGUAACUCUUCUAUAAAUAAUAAUAACAAUAAAAGAAGUUCCUAUUUAUCUGAAAAUAUCUUAAAACCAAUCAUUAUGAAUAAUAAUAAUAAUAAUAAUAAUGAAACAAAAAUUAAUAUAAUUCUUUUAAAUAAUGAAAAAAAAAAUAUAUAUGAGGAUAAAAAAAAACAACUAAAUGAAAAUGAAUAUAAUAAUAAAAUAACUACAGGUAUUAAAAAAAAUCUCAAUGUUAAAGAAAUAAAUAAGAAAAUAGAAAAUCUAAAAAAAAAAAAUAUAAAUGAAAUUAAUAAUGAAAAAAAUAAAUUGAGUUUUAAUAAUAAUGAAAUAAUGUCUUACAACAAUUCAAAUAAUAAAAUCAUGACUGAAAAUGAUAAUAGUAUAACUACAAUUAAUGAAGAUAAUAAACUUCAAAAUAAAGAAAAUAAAACUAAUGUAUGUAAAAAUUAUAAAAUGAAUUAUUUAGACAAAAAAAUAGAAACAAACAAUAAAAAUACAAAUAGCUAUGAAAAAGAAAAAUAUAAUGUUAAUACAUUUAUAAAGAUAUAUAAUAAAGAUAAUUUACAAAAUUUUAAUAAAACAAAAAAUUUAAAUUAUAAAAAUAUAAAAGAAAAAUUUUCAUUUAAUUUAAAAGUAAAAAAUAAUAAAAAAAGUGAAUGUAAGUUUAAUAAUAAUAAAAUUAAUAAUCAAGAAAAUACAUUUGCAGAUAUUAAAUAUAAGAGAGAAAAUAAAAUAAAAAAUAAUAUUACUAAUUUAAUAAACAACUCUGAUAAUAAUAAUAAUAAUAAUUUUGAUGAAAUUAAAACUAUUAAUAAUAAUGAUAGUUAUUUGAAUAAAAAAAUAAAAAAUAAUAAUAUAAGCUCAAUUUCUAAUACAAACAAAUUUCCUAUUUAUACUAGUAAUAUAAAAAGUGAUAAAAAAUGUAUACAAAAUAAAUCUAAGGAAAAACAUAUAAAAAACUACUAUAAUUAUUAUAAUAAAAAAGAUGAUAAUUCAAUAAUUUUUAAUAAUAAAAAGAAUAAUUAUUCUAAUAACAAAUUAAAUAAAAAGAAAAAUAAUAAUUUAAAUACAUAUAUAGAAAACUCAAAAGAACUAAAUACAAGUAUAUCUAAUGAUAAAAGUAAAAAUGAUAUAAAUUGUGUAAAUAUAUAUAAAAAAGAAUACAAAAAUUUUUUAGAAAUAAAAAGUGACAAUAAUUACGAAAAAAAUGAUGAAACAUCUUUUUUAAAAGAAAGUUUCAUUAACUCAACUAAAAAACAAAGUUCCAUACAUGUAAAAAAUUAUAAUACUCAGAUUUUGUGUAAUUCUUUAAGUAAUUCUAAUAAUACAAAAAAAAACUAUAUAAAUAUUUCGUGUAAUACAUCUAUGAUAAGUGAAUAUGAAUUAGAUGAAAUUUAUAAUGAAACCAAUCAUGAAAAAGUGAGUAACGAAAAUGUUACUUUUAGUAAUUUAGAAAAUAUUAAUCCUUCUAAAACAAAUAGUGAAAUAUGCUUCGUUACUAGUGAUAUUGAUACUUUAGAUAAAAAUAGCAAAAUUUAUGAGAAAAAUAAUUAUAACAAAAAUAUAGAAGAAGUUUCUUCAUGUAAUGAAAUAAAGGAAGCUUACAUAUGUGGAUAUAAUACAAAUAAUAAUUGUGAUCAAGAUUAUGAUCAGAAUUUUAAUGAAAGAAUAACACCACCAGAAAAUUUAAAUAGCAAGAAUACUGUAAAUAAUUAUAUAUAUUUUUCAAAAGAUAAAAAUUGUAAUAAAGAAGUACCUAUAAAACUUAAUCCAUGUGAUAACAAUUCUUCAAUGGAGAAAUGUAAUGACACCAUAUUUUCUAAAAAAAAAGAUUCAUCUUUUAGUAUUCAUAGUAACUUUAUUAAUUCAAAAUAUGAAAAAGUAAAAAAAGGUUUAACAUUUGAAGAAAUGAAAAGAAAGAGCUUUGACACAUUUAAUAUAAGCACUUAUAUAAAUAAUAAUUUAAAAGAGAAAAAUAAAGAUAUGAAUGAAGAUGUGAUUUCUUCUAAAGAAAGAGAUAAAAAUGAAGAAAAUUUAGCAACUAUUAAAAAUCCUACAAGUGAAUUAUUGCAAAAUUAUUCUUUAUUAAAAAAAAGAAAAUUAAAUGAAAAUAAAAACAAUUUAUCCAUUUACAAUAGUAGUAAGGAAAAAAAAAAAAAAAGUAUAAAUAAUAAUGGUAAUAUUAGUAAUAAUAAUUAUAUUACGAAUCAAAAUAAAAUGAAGAAUCAUGAUUUUUUAGAAAUCAAACAUAAAAAUAUUAAUAAAAAUAUAUACGAAUCUACUAGAUAUAAUAAAUCAAAAUAUUUGAGUGAAAAAAAAAAUAAAAAUGAAUGUAUUAUUAAUAAAAUUGAAAAAGUGAGCAAUCAAAAUAAUUUAACAAAAAAUAUUAUUAGAAACUAUAAAAAUGAUAAAAUUAAUGUAAAUAAAAACAUAAAUGAUGUAAAGGAUAUGUGUCUUGAUAAAAGAUAUGAACCUGUAAUUAUAAAUAAAUAUGAGAUAAUGAGUGAAAAUAGCACCCAUAGUAAUUUAUGUAAUAGUAUUACCAGCCAUAAUAAUAAUAAUAAUAAUAAAUAUCAUGAAAAGGAAAAUAUCCAAAAAUAUAAAGAAAAAAAAUUAAUGUAUAAUUCAGAAAGCUAUCAUUUGGUUAAUAACAGUUUAUUAAAAAAAAAUAAUUUUAAUUCUGAAGAUAAAAUCAAAAAAGGAUAUAAAUUUUUAGAAUUCAGAAAACCAAUUAAUAAUUUAACAAAUGACUUAAAAAAUUUAAAUAAUUUUAGUAAAAGAGGAAUUAUUAAUAAAAAUAUAACUAAUAAAAACACUCUAAUAAAAAAUAAAAAAGCAUUAUUAAAUGUAAACAAAAAUCAUAUACAAAUAAAAAAAAACAUUUGUAAUAAAAAAGAAUUAGUUAUUAGCAAUUUGCUUACUAAAAAUACUUUCAGUCAAAAAAUAAAUCAGUCUGAAGAAAAAAGGAAUACAAUUAAAAAAAAAGCUGAAAAUAAAGUGCUAAAUGCACAAGAAAAAAAUCAGAGUUCUCAUUUAAUGAAAUUUAAUGAAUUAUCUAAUGAUACAGUAUUUAAAGAAAAAAAUAAAAUUGUUUUAUUACAAGAUAAUGUAAAGCAAGAUGAUAAAUGUUCUUAUAUAUAUAAAGAUGUCAAUAAUUUAAAUAGUAAAAGCUUAAAUAAGAAUAAUUCGAGAGAUAAUAGAAAUUUAAUUAUUAAUAAUCAUAGUAACGUAUUACUAGAAAAGCAUGAUUUUAAAGAAAAAAAAAAUCAUGAUAAAAAGCAAGUAAGUAUAUCAAUUAAAAGUUAUAAUUCUUUACAUGAUAACAUAAUUAAAAAUAGCAAUUUAAUAAAAAAUAGAGAAUUAAAUAAAAAUAAUGAUAAUAAUAAUGAAAAAAAUUCAGAUCUUCAAAAAUCUUAUUAUAAGAAUGAUCUAUGUAAAAAUGAAACAGAAAAUAAAAAUUAUCCAGUCGAAAAUGAAGAAUUUAAAUAUCAUGCAAAUCAAGACAUAAAAUGGGAAGUAAAUAAAAUAUUUGGAAAUAAUUCGAAUUGUAGUAAUCAGUAUUAUGAAGUUAAUAACGCAAACAAUUUAAGUGAAAGUAAAAGAAAUGAAGAAAAAAACAAUUGUACUAACAUUAUAUAUAAAAAUGAUCAAAAAGCUUACUAUAUGCGUACAAUAGGAGAAGAUAUAAUUUUAAAAAAAAAACAAGAGAACGAAAAAGAUGAAAUCAUAAUAAAUGUUAUAAAUGGUGAGGAAUCAAAACAUAACUUAAAAAAUAAAGAUAUAAAAACAGAUGAUUUAGAAGGUUUAUUUCUAAUAAAAAAUAAAGAAGAAGGACUUUUAAAAGAAAAAAAUAAUUAUGAAAUAAAAAAUGAAAAUUCCUUAAAUGGAACAGAAUCGAAAAAAAAAGAAAAAUAUUUUAAUAAAAAUUUAAAAACAUAUACUAAUUACAAUAACGAAAAUAUUAAUAGUGUCAAUGAUUUUCAUACAAAUAUAUGUUUUUCAAAAAAAAAAAAUUUUCAAAACAAAAUAAUGCACGAAUCGAAUGAAAAAAAAAAUUCAAAAAAUUAUGUACUUCAUUCUUUCAGUCAUGCAAAAAAAAAAAUCAACCCAUUAAAUGAAAAUAAUAAAAAUGAAAUAUACAAUAACAAAUUCAUCAAUUUAAAUAUGAAACCUUAUGAUAAAAUAAAUAUUAUUCAAGAAAUUUCAUCAGAUGAUUUGCUAAAUGAAAAUUUUGCCGAUUUAAUAAAAAAUAAAAGUAAUUUUACCAUUGAAAAAAAAAAAAAAAAUAUAAAUUUUUUUAACGAUAAUAAACCGCAUAUAGAAAAAAAUAAUGAGAACAUUUUAAAUCGAAAAUCGAAGGAUAAAAAGAUUUCUGAAAAGCAAUUGAGCAAUAUGACAGAAUUAUCGUCCUGUAAAAAAAGAAAAAUAUAUAAUUCAUGUUUUUCAAAUUUUUUAAAUGAUGUUUUAAGCUUAUCAAAUGAUUGUGCAAAUAACAAAUUAAGUAAAAGAAAGAACAGCGACAAUAUUGAUUACGGAAUUAAAAACGAAAAUGACAAAAAAAUAUUGAGGUAUAACUGUUUCACGAAAUUUGAUAAUGGAAAUCCAUUUAUAAAUGAAAAUAACACUAAUUAUUUUACUCUUAAUAACUCCUUUGAACGAAAUUUUAAUGCAGAUAAUUCAAACAUUAGUGAAGAUUUAAGUGAAAACUAUUUAAGUAAUAAUUCAGAACCUAUUUUACCAAAUAAAAAACAAAUAGAAGAUUUUAUCUCAUCUGUUGAACAUAUUUGCAAUAAUAAAAAUGUAUUAAAAAAAGAAAGUUACGAUCAAUUAAAAAAUUACGCAAUCAAAAAUGAACAGGGUUUAUUUUUAGAUAACUAUUAUUCUAAUCCUGUUAAGAAUACUGAACAUACAAAAAAAUUAAUAGAUUUUAAUGAUUCAUUAUAUAAUAAAUUAAAUUUAAAUUUUGAUGAAAAUAAUUGUAAUAAUAAAAAGAAAAAACAUCGUAGAAAUUCUUCUAAUUCAAAUGAUAGCACUUUUUCAUUAAAUAAUGAUGAUAUAAAUAAGCACAAUUUCAAUAUUCUGAUAAAUUCCUUAAUUUCCAAUAAUGAAGAAAAAGAAGAAAAUACUAUUUCAAAAAAUAAUGAAGAAAAUUUAAAAAUUGAUAAAAAUUUAUUUUUUUCAAAUAGUUCAAGUAAUGAUUUAGAAAAAACUUAUAUUAAUAGUUAUUUUUCAAAUAAUCUUGAUGAAGGAGAUAAAAAUGAAGAAUUCAAUUGUUAUGAAUCAAAAGAAAAUUUAUAUAAAAAUUUAAGUUUUAACAUAGAUAAAAAUGAAACAGAACAUAUAUGUGACGAUAAAAAUAUAUUAAAAUAUCGUUCAUUCAGUGAUAAUAAUUAUGAAUAUAAAGAUUGUACUAGUUGUAAUGAUUAUAAUAGUAUUAAAGAUUAUAAUAAUUAUGACUGUAAUAAAGAUAUGAAUAACUAUUGUGAUAAUAAUAAUAAUAAUAAUAAUAAUAAUGAUUACAAUGGAUGUAAUAAUAAUAUUGAAGCUGUAGAAAAUAAAUUAAAAAAUAUGGUUUUUGAAUAUAUUCUUAGUAAUAAAUUAAAUGUUGCAAAAAAUUCAUCAAUCACUAAAAAUGAAAAAGAAUUAUUUAAAAAAAACGUAAGUAAAGAUAAUGAAGGAAUUAAAAUAAAUGAAUAUGAAGAUAUUUUAAAAGAAAAAAAUUUCCAUAAUAAUUCAAAAACUUUUUCCAAAAGUAUAAAUUUUAAUGAUGAUACUACUAAUUUUGAAAAAAAAAGAAAAUGUAAUUGUAUUAUUUGUUUAAAUAGUAAUAAUAAUGAUAAUAACAAUAAUAACAUCAAUGAUAGUACCUUAACAGAUUAUUAUCAAAGUGACGUGAAUAACAAUUUAAAAUCAAAUUGUAUUGAUGAUAUUUUUUGUGAUGAAAAAAAAACUUUUAAUAAUAAUGAAUAUAGUCUUACACAUAUUAAAAAUUUAAUACAGAAUAUAUCUAAUUUAAAUAAUGAAGAAAACAAAAAAUUUUAUGAUAAUUUUAUUAGCAAAAUUUUAAAUAAUCAAUAUGAAGUGAAUAAUUUUAAAAUUAGUGAAAAUUACAAUGAUAAUCAUAAUCAUAAUUGUCAUUGUAUUGAUGAUAAUAACUUAGAUUAUAUUAGUGAUUAUAAUAAUAAUGAUCAAAUACAUAAUCUUUUCAUGGAAAAUGGUUUAAGUGGAAAUAUCUUAAAAAAUUUAGAAAAUUGUAAAUUAAAUGAAAAAAUUUUAUCUAAAAUAGAAAAUAUUAAUAAAAGAGAAAAAAAAAAGGUAGAUGAAAAUAAUACUAAUUCCAUAUGCUAUCCUUAUGAUAGUAUUUUAAAAAAUCUAAAUAUGAAUAAUUUAAAAAAUUACUAUGAAUCAAAAAAAAAUACUUUUUUAAAUAACCAUAAUAUUGAUCAUAAAAUGGAUAAUAUAAAUUGUGAAAACAAUUUUUCUCAUAUACAAAAAGAGUUGAACCUUCAAAAUUAUAUUAAUAGCGCAAAUAAUUUGCAGAGUUCAUAUGAAGACAGUUAUCUAAAUAACAGUAAUAAUUUGAGUAAAGAAAAAAAAUUAACAGAUGAUAAAAAUUCUCCUCUAAAUAACAAUUUAUAUAAGAAAACAAAGAAUAAUUUAUCCAAUAACUUCUGUCAACAUAAAAAUAUGAAUUGUGAAGAAUCAGUAAAUUUCAAUAAAUCAAUUGAUGAUAAUCUCAAUGAAGAUAUAUAUAAUUGUAUUAAUCUGAACAUAUUAAGUGAACAUUCUUCAAAAAUAAAUGAAAUUGAAAAGCGUCAUUUAAAUGAGAUUAAAAAACAUCAGUUGAAUGGAAAUGAAGAUGAAAACGAAAGAAUAAAUGAAUAUAAUAUGAAUGAAAAAGAAAUAAAAGAAAACAAAUUGGGUAUAAUUAAAGUUAAGAAUUAUUCACAAAAAAAAAUGUUUAACAAAAAGAAUAAAAUGAUUUAUAGUACUUCAAAGGAUGAUAGCCUGUGUGUAAAGAAUAACAAAAAUAAAAGAGAAGAUAAUAAAAAAAAAAAUGCAAAAGAUUCUAUAAAUAAUUCAUCGAAGAAAAAAAACGGUAAUUCAAAAAAAAAAAAUAACAAUCUUAAUUUUAAAGAAAGCAUAGAAUGCACAUAUAAAGUAUCAAGCAAAGAAACACAACAAAAUUCUAAUUUUAUAUUUUUAGAUGAAGAUGAUAAAAUAUUUUCAAACCAAAAAAUACUAAACGAAGAAAAUAAAGAAAGAAAUAAAAGAAAGCGUUUUAAAGUUAAUGAAUUUCACGCUGAUACAAUUUUGGAUAAAAAUAUUCUACCAGCAAAUAUAAAGAGAUUCAUAAAUAGUUCGAAAGAUAAUAUUUUUAAAAAAACAAAUGAAAAAAUAAUUAAUGACAAUAUAAAUAUAGAAAAUAUAAAUAACGAAGAAAUUAUUAGUAAAGAAAUAAUAAAUAACAACAUAAUUAACGACAAUAUUUUAGUUGAAAAAAUCAAUGAAGAAGGGAUAAUCAUUAAAGAAGAAUUAGAAAAUGAUAAUAUAACUAACAGUAGUAUUGAACACAUAAAUGAAAAUGAAAUAAUUAAUAAAGAAAUAAUUAGCAAAGAAGAAAUUAUAAAUGAAAAUACUAUCAACGAUGAUAUACUUGUUGAAAAAAUAAAUGAUGGAAAGCUGAUUAGCAAAGAGAUAAUAAAUGAAUUGAUAAUGAUGAAAGAAGAUUUAAUACAAGAUGAUGAUAGUAAUUUUCAUACUGUAAAUAUAAAUAAAUUAAAUUUACAAGAUAAGAAAGAAUUAGAUGAAAUUAAUUUUAGUAGAAAUAAAUUAAAUGAUAAUAUAUUGAAUCAAAUUGAUAUGAAAGAAAAUCCAACUGAAAAUUACAAUAAUCAUCAUGCUAUGGAAGCUGAGAGAUUAAAUAGUGAUAUACCUUAUAUAACAGAUAUCUAUAAAGAAAUGCACAAAUCUCCAGUUAUGCCAUUGAGAAUUGAAGCGUUUCAUUCUUUAGAAGAUCAAAGAUUAAUAUAUGGAAAACCAGAAUGGCAAAAAUUUUUAUGCCCAUUAUGUGAUAAAAAAUAUUAUCCUCCAAAUACUUACAUUAAAAAUUAUGCACACUAUUUGAAUGAACAUUGGAAAAAUAGAAAAACAUUAGGUGGUUAUAUAAUUUUUCCUUGCAAGUUAAUACAUGAUAUAAAAGAAAACACAGAUAUAAAAAUUAAUAAAAAAAUGAAAAAAAAAAAAAGAGUUUUAAUAGAUCCGCAUUAUCAUUGCCCUUUAUGUUUACAUAUUUAUUUUAAUGAUUAUAAUUUGGUAAUUGAUCACUGUAUCAAAUUACAUAAAUCUUCUGGUGCUGAUCCAUCUAGAACUCUUCCAUCUAAUUUAGUUCAUACUCCGUUUAUUAAUAAUCAUGAUUAUUAUUCUAAACUAAGAAAAUUAGAAUCUGAUACUGAUAUUAACAUAAGUAUUAAUGAUAAUCACAAUAAUUCCAUAAGUGAAUCUUCUCAAAAUCUCAAUAUUUCUUCUCCAAAAAAACAAAACAUAUCUAAAGUUUGUGAUACUGAUACAAAUAAGAAAAAAAACAAAAAUAAUAGAAGCAGUAAAGUUAUUUUUUGUGAUGAUAUUCAAAUAAGAGAAUUCGACAUUGAACUAUCAAAAAUAGAAAAAAUUGGUGCAAGUAUUGGUCCUGUAUUUAUUGAUGAAGAAAAUGAAAAAAAAGAUAAAAAGGAAAAUAAACAAGAUGAAAAAGGUAGUAAAAUUGAUGAAAUGGAAAAAAAUGAAUACAAUGAAAAAAGCGGAAAUGGAGAUAAUAUUGAGAAAAUGAUAAGAGAUGAUGAUAAAAAUAAAAUUGAUGAAAAAAAUUUUAAUAAAAUAUAUGAUAAUGAAAGAAUUAUAGAAAAAAAUGAAAAAUAUAAUGAAAUAACAGAAGUAAAAAAAAUUAAUAAAAUUGAGCAAAAUUGUGAAAAAAAAAUAGAGAAAAAGACUAGCAAGAAUGAGAUAAAAAAAGUGGAGAAAGUUAAUGAAAAGAAAAUUCAAGAAAAAAAUAAAGAAAAUACAAAUGAAAAGAAUAAUAAAAUACAUAAAAAUGAUUUUAAUACAAAAACAUAUGAAAAAGCUGUGAAUGAAAUGAUAGAUAAAGAACAUAAUGAAAAUAAGGAUUUUCAUUCAAAUAACAAUGAUGAUAUUUUGAUUUCAAAAAAAAACAUAGAAUAUAAUAAUCUAAAUGAUUUAGAAAAUAACUUUUUGAAAAAAAAAUCGUUUGAAAAAAGGGAGAAUAAUAUUAAUAUAAAAAAAGUGAAUAUAAAAUACAAAAAAUUAGUAAAUGAGAAUACAAAUGACAAUUCAAUUUUAAAUGGGUUAACAAAUAUAAAUAAUGAUAAUGUAAUAAGUAAGGAAGAAUAUAAUAAUAACAAAAUUAUAGAACUGAAAAAUGAUAAAAAUAAACUAGAAUUUAAUGAUAAUAGUAAAUUAAUUCAUCCUGAUACAAAUAAAAUAGAACAUGAUGAAAUUCAAAUGGAACAAAUUAAAAAUGAUCAAGUGAAAAAUAUGACAAAUAAAAAGAAUAUUGGAAAAAAGAAUUAUAGUAACAAAGUUUUUUCAACACUUUUUAAUAUUGAUGGUUUAUCAUCUAAGGAAAGUAAAGAUAAUUUUUUUUCAUGUGUGAAUUAUGAAGAAAAUUUAAAAAUAAAAGAACAGCCGAUUAACGAAAUUCUACUUGAAAAUAGGAUAGAAAAUAGCAAAAAACAUAUAUUUACAUCAGAUAAUAAUAAUAAAAUAGGUAAACGUAUAAAAAAUAGCAUUGAAAACUUUCAUAAAAAUAUAAUAUCAAAAUAUAAAAGGAAAAUUAAAAUAUGUGCAAUUAAUGAAAAACAAAAAGAAUCAAAUAUAUGUGUUGGUAACAAAUUUCAGGAAAAUGUAUAUAUGCCCCCAGAAAAUAUGAUUUUAGAUUUCAAAAAUGAAAAAGAAAAAAAUAUUUUAAAAAAAGUAAUAAGAGAAAAAAAAAAAGAAAAAAUUGUGACUAUGAAGACGAAUUGUAGACAAAGCGCUAGAAUUAAAAGCAAAAAAAAAUAA